AUGGAUCGAUUCCAUUCAUUCAUUCAGAAUAAGAGUGGCGCCGUUUUUGGAGCCACGAAUCCAUGGAUCGAAGUUUUUGCUUUGGACGGCGCCACUUCUGUUUUGACGGUGGAGCAACAGGAGAUUGAGGAAAAGACUUCUCAGAAUCUUUCCUACAUUCAUCCACGCGAUUUGGCGAAUCAAUGGGCAAAUUAUUCGGAGACUUUCGACUUUAUCGCCUCAUUUUCUUCGAUUCAACACGCUGGUCUUGGAAGAUUCGGUGAUCCAAUCGAUCCCAUGGGG